AUGGCAUCCCUAAAUCCCGAAGUAGACGGUCACACGUACAAAAGACAAAAAACAGAUGAUUUGACAUCUUCAGAUCCCAAAGUAGCUAGACGAGCCAAGUUCGAAGCUGUAUUUGAUGUUAUUGCUAAAGAAUUAUUGGAUUACGUGAAAGGUGAGGGUAUGCCCAAAGACGCUGUUGAAUGGUAUGAAAAGGUACUCUACCACAACACACCUGGAGGUAAACUCAACCGAGGAAUGUCAGUGGUAGAUACCGUUGAAAUCCUUAAAGGUAGACCACUUGAAGACGAGGAAUACACGAAAGCUGCUAUUUUGGGUUGGUGCGUCGAACUUCUUCAAGCAUAUUUCCUUGUUGCGGAUGAUAUCAUGGAUCAAAGCGUUACUAGAAGAGGUCAACCCUGUUGGUACAAGAUGCCAAAUGUCGGAAAUAUCGCUAUUAAUGACGCUUUCAUGCUCGAAGCUGCUAUCUACCACUUGCUGAAAAAGCAUUUCAGAAGUGAGAAAUACUAUGUUGAUCUUAUUGAGAUUUUCUUGGAGACCACUUUCCAAACCGAACUCGGUCAAUUGGUUGAUCUCAUUACUGCUCCUGAAGAUAGUGUAGACUUGAACAAAUUCUCCCUCGAAAAGCAUCACCUCAUCGUAGUUUACAAAACUGCUUUCUAUUCUUUCUAUCUCCCCGUCGCUCUUGCCAUGCACAUGACCGGUAUUGUAGACAAAUCAGCUUACAACCUCGCAUUGAAAAUCCUUCUUCCACUUGGAGAAUAUUUCCAAGUUCAAGACGAUUAUUUAGAUUGUUAUGGUAAACCUGAACACAUCGGUAAAAUAGGUACCGAUAUUCUGGAUAACAAAUGUUCAUGGAACGUCAACACCGCUUUGAGAUUCGCUACUGAAGAGCAAAGGAAAGUUCUCGAUGAGAACUACGGCCAAAAGAACUCUGAAUCAGAAGCUAAAGUAAAAGAAAUCUUCUCUCAAUCACCAAUCUCAAUUCCUGAAAAAUUCGAAGCAUACGAAAAAGAAUCAUAUGAAAAAAUUAACGGGCUCAUCGAAAGUGUAGAUGAAGAAGGCACAGGAUUGAAGAAAGAAGUAUUCAGAAGUUUCUUGGCUAAAGUUUACAAGAGGUCCAAGUAG